AUGAUGGCAGCGAAGCCAUUGGCGGGGGCUUUAUUGCUUUCUGCGUGGCUGCUCGCUCACGCGAUCUUCAUAGUUAAUGCCAACAAUUUGUUGCAAAAUAGCAGAGGGCAAAUUGUAGACAUUCAGCAGUUUAUUCCAAUACGAUUACCUUCUGUACUUCAACUUUCUUGGUUUCACAACCUUGUAAAGCACGCGUUUGUAGCAGACAAGUUGGCUUUUCCCUACGGAACCUGCGGAGUGAAUGACUGCUUGUUGUAUUUGUCGUGGAUUGUCUCAGCUCUCACUCUGGCUGAGUGGAUAGCCUGCACGAUGUUGUUUCUGAGUGCUGUUUGGGCCAAGUUAAUUCGUCCUGUCAUUUCAACAAUAUUCUACGUCGUUUUGGGUGCCGGCCUUUAUGGCUGUGCUCGUUGCUGCGCUUUCACGUUGGCGCCGUAUCUGCCUGAAGAAGUGGCUGUUUCUGUUGUUCGCGUGUUGGUGGCAGUCGACGGCGCCCUGCUGUCCAUCUGGGGUUCGUUGGGGGCGUUCAGCUCAUGGCUGUUGUGGGCCCUGGACGGCGUCCUCAGCUCGCUCGUCUGGCCUUCAUUAGAGGACUUAAAAAGUGCCGUUGCACACCCCAACCAUAGAUCUUUGCUGAACGAUAUCCUCGUCAAAGUGAAGGACAUGGCCCACCAUUUGCCUGAAGCUCCUCCUCAUCCUGAGUUCUAG